AUGGCGGACCUAGUCACUCCUUCCGCUGGGAGGCUAACCUCAUCCAAAACACUUGAUGGCCAUACUGGCUUUAUUUGGGAUGUGGCCCUUUCCGGCAAUGGUGAAAUCCUCGCCUCAGUCUCCAAUGAUAUGAUGAUCCGACUAUGGAACGCCAACACCGGUCUCCCGCGCGGCGCCGCAAAAGACAACGGCCACUCCAACUGGGUGCGCUGUGUGCGAUUUUCCCCCACGGGCCGAUUCUUAGCCACUGCUUCCGAUGAUAUGACUAUUCGCAUCAGCGACGUGAACACCGGGUUCACCUACCGCAUGCUGCAGGGCCACACUGGCAGAGUGCGAGCGGUAGAAUUUUCCCCCGAUGGAAGAACGAUCGCUUCGGCCUCAGAUGAUUUUACUGUUCGAUUGUGGAAUGUGAGCUCGGGUUCGCUGCUCAAAACCCUCAAUGGGCACUCGGGUUGGGUGCGCGCUGUGGCCUUUUCGCCUGACGGAAAGACUCUCGCUUCAACCUCGGACGAUAAUACGAUUCGCCUCUGGGACACAACCACCGGCAAUGAAAUCCAUCGACUAAUUGGCCACACAUCCUCAAUCAGGGCUGUCUGUUUCUCUCCUGAUGGGAAGCUGCUGGCGUCGGGGUCGCAGGACAAAGACCUGCGCAUCUGGAAUACUACUUCUGGCGCCUUGCUCAAUGUCCUCCAGGGACACUCUGGACCUUUACGCGUGAUCGCAUUUUCUACUGAUGGGAACCUAUUGGCAUCAGCGGCCGACGACUUAACCAUCCGCGUAUGGGCUGCGCCAUUAGGACUUGCGUGCGUCCGUGUCUUAACGGGCUAUUCGGGCUGGGUUCGGGCCAUUACAUUGUCGCGCGAUGAGAACAUGGUGGUCUACACGUCUGAUGACAUGACCAUCAAGAUCUGGAGCUCGGCGUGA